AUGAAAGCAUUCGCCGCUUCCAUUGUCCUGCUGACCGCCGUUCUUCCAUCUAUCAUCCUCGGCGAGGUAGUCUUCACCAGUCCGGUGUCCGGAAAUUCUUUCAAGUAUACAGCUGGCGAGGUCGGAAUCGCCCUAACAGUGAGAUGGAAGGAUGACGAAGAGGAUCCUGUAGUCCCGACGAAUGGGUUAUUCACGUUGGAUCUAUGCACAGGCAGUAAUGAUCAGAUCUUUCCACUUAUCACGCUGGGAACCCCCGGUAUGGCAUUCAGCACGGCCAAUGGACUUCUUGCGGUUACGAUUCCACCUGGUAUUGCAGGAGACGGUCCGUACUACUUCCUUCGGGUUACGUGGACAACAAUCGACGGUACCGUUAUCAAUUGGUCUGAUAGAUUCGAAUUGGAGGGUAUGCUGGGGAUAUUCUCCCCUGCCAUGAUAACUGCGAAUCAAGCAGCUGGGUCUGAUAAACCGGAUGCGGUACAUCCUCAAAAGGCGGCGCCGGUGCCGGAUCCUAAUGGUGGCGAAUUCGGGGUGCCCUAUGGCGAACAGACUGGAGAUAUCAGAUAUGCGCCUAUGCAGCCAAGACCUGGUUCAACCAUCACCGCAAAGAAUAUGAAACGCUUGAAUCCUACAAGCGCAUAUACGGUUUUCACGACAAAAGGUGGUGCGCCAAAGGUUGCCACGACGGUUACGCAGGCGAGGACUUACGCGCAGACUACCGUUGUCAAUGAGGCGGCUCCGGCUCCCAUGCCGGAUGAGGCUAUGGAAAGGUUCCUUAACCGCUGGAAGGAUUAA